AACUUCCAACACAACCGCCGCUUCCUGGCCGGCCCAGGCAGGCGCCUCAGGCCCCGCUCCAACACUGAACCGUUAUCCGCACAUCAUCAUCAUUCACCGGUGAAAAACACACCGCCUCCUCCGCUCGGUCCGUGAGGAGUUGCCGCCGGUAUGAGUGAAUGAAACGACUGAAACCUUUUUAAAGAAGUCCUGGGACACGCUGCUCGCGUUGGGGCCGGAGGAAAGGCUGAGGCGUAGCGGCCGUGGUGAUGGUGUUGGACUCGGGGGAAGUCUUCAUGGAUCAGGUUGAGGGUGAAAGCGUUGGGAGCAGCAGGGACCUGUUGGAGCCAGAUGUCCGAGCGGAUCCACCCAAAACCGAUCCGACGCCCAGACCGACAAGGAGCAAUGUUGCCAAGAAAGGUAAAGAGAGCGUGUCCCACAACGGACUUCCGGCCCAGACGAACAGCAGCCAGGUAGUACGGAGGUGGACAUCAUCAUCGUCCUCAUCGAAAGGCGGGGCCACGCCUAGACCGCCGUUCUGCCGCCCCCUCAGCCUGGAGAUGACGCCCCAGCGCCUGCGAGGGUCCCUGGAGCAGAUGACAGACAGGCGGAUCAUACAGCCUCCUUGGCGCAGUGGUUUGGCCGCCCCCUCGCCCCCAGCUCGCAGCCUGACCAGCCCCAGCCUGGGCACAGGCGGCUGGAUGCGCCGCAGCGAGAGCACCUGCUCGGUCAAUUAUUCCGCGGGGCUCCGGGCUGGCAAGGGCCAAAUGCGACCUGCCACCUCCCUGCCACACAUAGCUAAGGGGGUGACGGGCAGGACGCCGACUACACCCUCCAGGCCCUGUCUGCUCGUUGCCCUCAGGCCUCUGAACCUGGAGCAGGAGAAGCAGACUUUCUUCCAGUCCGACUACAAGUACGAGCCUCAGUUUGAGUACGCACAGCCGGAGCCGAGGAGUGUGUUGGAGAAGUACCAAGAGGGCUCAGGCCUCUUUCUGGAACAGGCGGUUGGUAUCAUGGAGUGCGUCCUAAGGAAGUUUGGCUCCUAUGAGGACUUUGAGGAGGUGACGGGCGGCAGCAUCCUCCCUAAAAGUCAAGUUUGGGCGGCUGUACGCAAAUAUCUGCAGAAAGAAGGCUGCGUGGGAGAGGUGGUGGUGCGUCUGUCUGACGAGCUGCUGUCCCAGGCGGUGAUGGUGGUGGAGAGCUGCCGUCCCACUCUGACCAUCAACCUGGCCGGAGCUCGCCAGCACUGGCUGGAGGGGAUGCUGCGGCACGAAAUCGGCACACAUUACCUGCGAGGGGUGAACAACAACCUGCAGCCGUGGUCCACCGCCGAGGGCAGGAAGCAGUUCGGCCUCAAACCGGCCAAUCCCACGGAGGAGGGCCUGGCCAGCCUGCACAGCGUGUUGCUACGGAAACAGCCGUACCUGUGGCGCGCGGCCCUGCUGUACUACACGGUGUACCACGCCACCAGCAUGAGCUUCAGCCGCCUCUUCAGCCACAUCGCCCGCUUCGUCCAGGACCCCGACGUCCGCUGGGAGUACUGCCUGAGAGCCAAGAGGGGACAGACGGACACCUCGCAGCCAGGUUGCUUCAGUAAGGACCAGGUUUAUCUGGACGGGAUCCUCCGAAUCCUCCGACAUCGCACCACCAUCGACUUCAAGAUGUUGACUUGUUUGGGCAAGGUGUCUUUUGAAGACGUGGAGAGGCUGCGUCAUCUGGCGGUGCUCCCCCGGACCAGAAUCCCGCACUUCAUGCGAGACCCGGAGCGUUACCUGCGCUACCUGGACCACAUCGUCGCCGUCAACGAACUGGACGACGCGACGCUGCGACACCUGCUGCCCUGACCGCCCUCCUCCCGGCAGGAAACGGACUGUAGCGCGGUGCGUUUAAUGCCGUAUAAAACCAUCCAGUAUUACCCAAUGCUUUACUUGUACGAGCAAUUUAGUUUUUUGUAAAACUUGAAUGAUAACGAACAAAAAGGGACGUACACACUAACACCUCUUUCUACAUCUCCACGUUUUGUUUUGGCCUCGUGCAUGCCCCCCCCCCCACUCGCCGUUCCUCCUACUAUGAAGUUACCUCAAUACUGCGACUCCGCGAUGUAACCGACACGAUCUAUGUAGACUCCCUCCUAACCACUGCAUCCAGCUGACACCUCGCGUACAGAAUCAAACAUAAUCUCAUGCUUUAUUUAUGCAAUUAUUUAAGUAUUGUUUUUUUUGUUUUUUUGAGAGAACAAACUGAAUGUCUCUGGUAUUAGCUUUAUACCUUUUUAUUUUAGACGACAUUGUUUUUAUUGCCUUAGAUUGCAUUUUUUAAAAGGGACACCAAGGACACACAUUUCAAAAACUCCGGGGGAAGUUGUAGCUGAGACCAUGAAUCUUAAAGGUCCCAUGGCAUGAAAAUGUCACUUUAUGAGGUUUUUUUAACAUUAAUAUGAGUUCCCCCAGCCUGCCUAUGGUCCCCCAGUGGCUAGAAAUGGUGAUAGGUGUAA